AUGUCGGUUAGAACCGUAUUAAAGACAAACCGGUUUGUUUCGUCGUCUUCCGGCUUGAAAGCAGCAGCAACAAUAGGGUCUUCUUCAACAGUGUAUCCCCGUCAUUUGGUUAACAUUUUGCAAUUAUCUAAAGAUGAAUUUGACUCGAUAUUGAACAAGGCGCAAUAUUUGAAGUCUGUGUACAAGUCGGGACACGCGCAAGCGAUCCUGGAACACCACGAGAAACUAUUGGGCAAAUUGGUGGCGUUGUUGUUUUCCAAAAGAUCAACAAGAACUAGGAUAAGUACCGAGGGAGCAGCAGCUUUCUUUGGGGCACAGCCGAUGUUUUUGGGUAAGGACGAUAUUCAAUUGGGUGUGAAUGAAUCAAUGUAUGAUACUACAAGAGUCAUCAGUUCUAUGACAUCGUGUAUAUUCGCAAGAGUCAAUAGUCAUAAGGAUAUUUUGGACUUGUGUAAGGAUUCAAGUGUGCCUAUAAUAAAUUCCUUGUGCGACAAGUUUCAUCCCUUGCAAGCGAUAGCUGAUUUGUUAACUAUAAAGGAACAAUUUGGAGACGAUUUGAGUGGGUUGAAAUUGGCGUGGAUCGGGGAUGCCAACAAUGUGAUUAACGAUUUAUCGAUUGCUUGUCUAAAAAUGGGAAUUAAUGUAUCUGUUUCCGUACCAAAAUCAAUCAAGUUCGAUGAGGAUGUUGAAGAAGAAGCUAAGAAACUCGCAUCUACGCUGAAUCUCAAAUUUGAAAUUGUCCAUGAUCCCAAAGCUGCUCUUAGGGAUGCAAAUAUUGUAGUUACCGAUACUUGGAUUUCAAUGGGUGAAGAAGAACAGAAAUUAGCAAAACUACAGCAAUUUGAAGGUUACCAAAUUACACGCGAGUUGAUCAAUGAAAGCAAUGUUGCUUCUAAGUGGAUCUUUAUGCAUUGUUUGCCUCGACACCAAGAAGAAGUUGCCGAUGAUGUAUUUUAUAGUAAUAACUCGGUUGUUUUUGAGGAAGCUGAAAAUAGGUUAUACGCUGCUAUGGCAGUUAUCGACGCAUUUGUCAUUAAUAGUGGGAACCUAUUGAAGUAG